AUGUUACCACGUGAUUGCAUUUUUCGAAGAUGCGUAAGUUGUAGAUCGAGAGGAGAACUUGGCUCCUGUAAGGAUCCUUUUAUUAUGAAUUCUACGCAAAUUGCACUUGAAAAAGGUGUAGAUGCGGUACCGUGUGUUUCUGGAUGGUGUGGAAAAAUAAUUGAGAGCCAAAAUUUAAAUAAUGAAUAUGGUACCGCCACGCAGAGAUUGUGCUUCCAACGAGGUCCCGAUGACAACGAGGAGAGAUGUGCUUAUACUGUGUGGAAUUACAAAAAAGUGUAUAUGUGUCUCUGUUAUGGAGACCUUUGUAAUGGAGUGAUGAGAACAAGCGUCAAUACAUUUUUAAUAACAAUAGCUAUAUGUUUAGUACGAUGGUUAGUUUGAGGACAUAAAUAAUUAAUAUGAACGGGCUAAAAUGAUUAAACUUAUUGUGAGCGUUUUGUAAAGCACACAAAAAGACACAAGAAUCGGCACUUUGGUGGAUAUGUUUGUGUAUGUUGAAAUAAUGUGUUUUUUAUAAAACAUAUUCUACAAUAAGCAUAGUCACACAAAUAAAGUGUAUUUUAUUAUGUAUAUUUUA